UCUUGUGUGUUCCCUGUGUGGGGGGGAGCAAAUCCUCUUGACUUGUGUGCUGUAAGCUGAUGAAGAGAACCACCUGAGAGGUCUCUCCAUCAGCUCAGACUCAAGCUCAGCUGCCUCUCCUUGCUUGACCAAAGAUUUGUGAAGACCUUUUGGGGUUGGAUGUUCCUCCCUGAGCAGUGGCUGCCUGAGAGCCCCGUGGAGAUUCCUGAUGUGGUGGGUGGAAGCUCAGGGAUCUGAGCAUGAACAACAUCAGCCGCCUGCAGCCCAGCGCCUUCCGCCACCUGCGCUUCCUGGAGGAGCUACGCCUCUCUGGAAACCAGAUCUCCAGUAUCCCAGGGGAAGCUUUCUCUGGCCUCUACAGCCUGAAGAUUCUGAUGCUGCAGAACAAUCAGCUGAGUCGCAUCCCUGCAGAGGCACUGAGAGAUCUUCCAAACCUCCAAUCUCUACGCCUGGAUGCCAACCUCAUCUCCGUGGUGCCCGACGAGAGCUUCGAGGGGCUGCUGUCCUUGCGGCACCUGUGGCUGGACGACAACGCGCUGACCGAGAUCCCGGUCCGAGCGCUGAACCGCCUCCCGGCGCUGCAGGCCAUGACGCUGGCACUCAACCAGAUCUGGCACAUUCCCGAUUACGCCUUCCAGAACCUCAGCAGCCUCGUGGUGCUGCACCUGCACAACAACCGGAUCCAGCGCCUGGGGGCCAAGGGCUUUGAUGGGCUGCACAACCUGGAAACGCUGGAUCUCAAUUACAAUGAGCUGCUGGAAUUCCCAGGGGCGAUCAGGACGCUGGGCCGACUGCAGGAGCUUGGUUUUCAUAACAACAACAUCAAAGCUAUUCCAGAGAAUGCAUUUGUUGGGAAUCCCCUUCUCCAAACAAUCCAUUUUUAUGACAACCCCAUCCAGUUUGUUGGACAGUCUGCCUUCCAAUACUUGCCAAAGCUACACACUCUGUCUCUCAACGGUGCAACGGACAUCAGAGAAUUCCCAGACCUCAAAGGCACCACCAGCCUAGAAGUUUUGACCCUGACCCGGGCAGGCAUCCGCCUCCUCCCCAGAGCCGUGUGCCAGCAGCUGCCCAGCCUCCGCAUCCUAGAGCUGUCGCACAACAAAAUCGAAGACCUGCCCAGCUUCCACCGGUGCCAGCGGCUGGAGGAGCUAGGUCUCCAGCACAACAGGAUCCACGAAAUCGGAGCGGACACCUUUGUGCAGCUGACAGCCCUGCGCUCCAUAGACCUGAGCUGCAAUGACAUCCAUUUCAUUCACCCCGACGCCUUCGUGACGCUGCGCUCGCUCACCAAGCUGGAUCUGUCGGACAACCAGCUGGCAGCGCUGCCGCUGGGCGGUUUGGGUGGCCUGACCCACCUGAAGCUGCAGGGCAACCCGGCGCUCUCCGAGCCCUUCUCUGCAGACAGCUUCCCCAAAAUGAGAGUCCUCGAGGUACCUUACGCCUACCAGUGCUGCGCCUAUGGAAGCUGCGGCGGGUUCUUCAGAGUGUCCAACCAAUGGGAGGCAGAAGGCGUGAGCCCUGAGGAUGACGAUCCCCACAGGAGGGCCCUGGAGCUCUUCCCAGGCCACGCAGACAACCACUAUGACCUAGAGGCAGAUGACCUCCAGCUGGACCUUGAGGACUCAAAGCUGCACCCCACUAUCCAGUGCACGCCCAGCCCCGGCCCCUUCAAGCCUUGUGAUCACUUGUUUGAGAGCUGGAUCAUUCGCCUGGGCGUCUGGGUCAUCGUUCUGGUCUCAGUGCUCUGCAAUGGGCUGGUGGUCCUGGCUGUCUUUGCCUCUCCCAGCUACCUCUCUCCCGUGAAGUUUGUCAUCGGCUCCAUUGCGGGAGCCAACACGCUGAGCGGCGUUUCCUGCAGCAUGCUGGCUCUUGUCGAUGCCCUGACCUACGGCCACUUUGCACAGUUCGGCGCCAGGUGGGAGGGUGGCACGGGCUGCAGGGUGACCGGCUUCCUGGCCGUGUUCGCCUCCGAAGCCGCCAUCUUCCUGCUGACGUUGGCUGCGGUGCAGUGCAGCGUUUCGGUCUCCUGCGCGCGGGGCUACAGGAAGGCACCCUCCCUCGGCAAGGUGAAGGCCGCGGCGCUCGGCUGCCUCUUGCUGUCCUCCGUGGCCGCGGUUCUGCCUCUCUUCUCCGUCGGGGAGUACGGAGCAUCCCCGCUGUGCCUCCCAUACCCCAUCCCGGGUGGGAAACCCGCCACCCUGGGCUUCACCGUGGCCUUGGCGAUGACGAACAUGCUGUGCUUCCUGGCGGUCACGGGCACCUACAUCCGACUGUACUGCAGCCUGCUGAAGGGCGAGUGCGGCGCCGUCUGGGACUGCGCCAUGGUCAAGCACGUGGCCUGGCUGAUCUUCACCAACUGCCUCCUCUACUGCCCGGUGGCCUUCCUCACCUUCUCUUCCACGCUCAACCUCUUCCUCAUCACCCCGGAGGUCAUCAAAUCCAUCCUCCUGGUGGUCCUGCCCCUGCCCGCCUGCCUGAACCCCGUGCUCUACUUGCUCUUCAACCCCCACUGCAGGGAUGACCUCCGCCUGCUGCGGCAGAAGGGCCGGGACAAGGGCAGCUGCCCCCAGCCCUGCGGGUUCGACGACUCAGAGAAAAGCUCCUACGACUCCACGCAGGCUCUGGUCAGCUUCUCUGACAUCGACCACAUACUCGAGACGCCCGAUUCCCUGGGAGCUCACCCCAUCCUUGACAGCUUCUGCUUCCCCUCCACGACGCUCGUGCCCUGCCAGCAAAGGAUGGGCGCUGUGGGGAGGGAGAGGGGCUGCUCCGAGCACUGCCCCUGCCUCAGUGACAGCGAGGUACUGACGGCCCCAGAGAGCCGGGAGCCGGCCGCCCGCCGCCCCCGAGCCGCCUCCUGCCCCCCCCCGCCCCCGCCGCCCUACACCUCUCACCUAUAGAGCUCCGAGCAGCCGUGCCCACAGCACGGGCGGAGGGCCGGCCCGGGGCUGGGCGGCCAGCAAGGUGCCAGCAGGAUGCUCCACCUCGAGCACCAGCACGACCCGCCUACCCCCGCCCCCCCGCACACCCGCCGUGGCCACAGGCACCGUGCUGCCCGUUGCCAAGGUCCUGGAAGGGCUCUGACAGCUCCAGACACUCCGGGCUAGCCACGGGAGGGGACCACGUUUCCCUGCUCGGGACUGUGUGGGAGGGAGCCCACCGGUUCAGGGAGACCCUCCUCCUCACUGGGAGCAAAACCCAGCCCUAAGGACAGCUUAGCACACACAAGGCAGUGCUCUGCGGCAGAGAGAUGUGGAAGCAGCCAGCUGCAGCGACGUGGUCAUCCAUAGGGGGUGGUAACCCUGGGUCCUUGCCCCGCAGAGCCCUGGAGGUAUGCUUGUGUGCCCCUCACUCCAGCAGCUGCAAAGGUGGAGGAGAUGGGUUAUGAGCAGCACACUUGUUGGGGCAGCUGAUGUCCGGGUGGUUUCCAUGCCAGAAGCUUCACCGCUGGGCAGAGCCCACUCCUUCAGCCAACACCCGGGGCUGGGGAUGCUACCGCUCUUUCAACCCAACCAUGGGUCUCUGACCCCCAAAGCAGCCAUAUGCAAACACCUCCCCUGAGAAACCCCUGUGCUUUGCCUUUAGUCACCUGGCCAGGGUGCCCAGGGGGAUAUGGGCCUCCCCCCUCCCAUGGUGCCCUCCACCUUCACACCUCCUGCCCAGAGCUGCCAGAUUCCCGAUUGGUGGGGAUGGGGUCUGGCUCAUUCUCUGCCUCCAAACCUCACCCUGUAACAGGCUCUCACUUCAGAAGCACGUGUCCCCCCCACAGAACAGUCUGUGUGGGGGCUCGCUCCCUCAUUGUGAGGACAGCUCAUGUAGGAGGAGGGAAGAGAAAUCAGUUUUGUGGAUGGUAGUGUCAGGAGAACACAGGCCACUGCAAACAGUCCCAAAUUCUCUCCCCAUGGCUCAGGGAUCUCCCAGAUCCAUUCUCUCCAUCACAACACCCCCCCCCCCCCCACCGCCUGGUGCCCACGGUCAGCCCUGGGCAAAGCUUUGGUCCUGCCGGCAUUACUGCAGCUGUAUUGGCCAUCCAUCCCUGUGAGAUAAUAAAGGAGCCCUGCUGCUGACCAGUGGCUGCUUUCUGACCUCUUGCGUUGUGCCGUGUUGGUUUGCCUCCUCCUGGGGAAGUCUUUUAUGUGCCUAAUUUUGUCUGUUGCUGUGUGUUGUGUGUUGUUGUUUUUUUCCUCCUGCAUUUCUUUCCAAUUGAAUCAAUCAAUUAAAAUAACCAGACUAU